AUGGACUCUGUAUCAAUAGAUAAUACCGGAAGCCCGCUGCGUGGAAUAGCAGCUAAGCUGCGCGAGAAAGCGCCGCUGAUGACGGAGACCUAUGUCGCCUAUGCUGCGACCCAGCAAUUGAUGAAGGAAUGCACACGACAUGCCGACUAUACGAUACCACAAGCAUUAGAGAAGAACGAAGAGCUCCCUCGCGACGAGACAGGAGCGCAUCUUGGUGUGAGCGAGAGCUGGUGGUUCAAGGAGCUCGGUCUUGACGUAACGUUCAUCAACUGGGCGCAGGUUACGUUCAUACACAUGUAUCUGCUACACGUCCGCUUUCGUAUGCUUCCCACGACACACGCACCCGUCUGGAUCCAACACCUCACGAACCACGCUUUCUACGCCGCUGAGGACCGCCUCGUAGUCUGGCAUAAGAUCAAUGCGAACUCGCUGCGCCAGAAGUACCUCAAGGACAUUUUCUCGCAGUGGCGCGCCGUCUUAUUAUCUUACGACGAAGGCAUAGUGAAGGGAGAUGCGGUACUCGCGGCAGCAAUUUGGAGGAACUUGUUUGCUGGCCGAGAGGAUGUCGACUUCGAGAAGCUGGCGCAGAUUGUGGGAUACAUGAGGCGGGAGUUACGGAGACUAGACAUGGCGAGCGACGACGAAGUGGUGGACGGAAGGUGGUCAUUUUCUGGUAAUCCUGAGCAGGAGCAAACCGUGGUCAAGACACAGAGUAGGUCGAUGGCUGGAGACGCUUCCAGGCCUUAG